AAUGCGAGCGUCGUGGUGGUGAACCGAUUGGAUUGCAGUGCCGUUUCAAACCCGAUGUUUACAUGCUCUCUAUUUUGCUAACAUUUGGUACCUUUACGCUCACAUAUGGACUAAAUAUGUUUCGCAGAACGCCAUAUUUUGGCUCUACGGGUUUGUUAAUUGUACUUUAUUCGAUCAACGCAUUUGCUCAAUAAAU